AUGUCCGCGCAAUUUACUCCCGAGGAGGAGGCGACCUACGCCCGCGUCAUCGAUGAAAUUCUCGAAACUGCCGACCUCGAUACAAUUUCUCGCAAGGCCAUUCGGCAGAAAAUGGAAGCGGCCAUAAACAAGGAUCUAAGUGACCAAAAGCAUGCCAUCAAAGGCUUGAUAGAAGCCCGAUUCGACGCCGCGCAAGCACGCAAGGCUGCCCAAGAGCCAACACCCGAAGAGGCGACUCCCGAGGCGACUCCUGAUAGCGACGAAGAUGACGCUGCUACCGAUGGCGAGAUCGAGAUCCGGCCUAAGAAGCAACAAAAGCGCGAAAGCUCAGAGGAUGCCGACGCUCGCCUGGCUGCCGAACUCCAAGCGCAGGAGAAUAAGCUCUCUCGCGGACCCCGAACACGAGGUGGAGGCGCAGCCAAGGUGACCAAGAAGUCCAAACCCAAGGCCAAGACACCAAAGAAGAAGAGCGCAACACGGGUCAAGUCCGACGACGAUAGUGACAUGGAGCCCGAAGAGGUGGAAGGGACCAAGAAGCGCAAGGCCGGUGGCGGUUUCCAGAAGCCCUUCAACCUAAGUUACCCUCUCCAGGAAGUUUGCGGAGAAGCUCAGCUCUCACGCCCACAGGUAGUCAAGAAACUCUGGGAGCAUAUCAAAGCGAACGAGUUGCAGGAUCCCAGCGACAAGAGACAGAUUAUUUGCGACGAAAAACUUCAGGCGGUAUUCAAGCAGAGCUCAAUCAACAUGUUCCAAAUGAACAAGCUCCUCGGCAACCAGCUGUAUCCGAUUGAAGAGUAGAAUUCCACGUUCUGAUCUGGGAUGAAAGGGCUCCUCCCGUUGGUAUUGGGUCAUUGGGGACUAGGCAGUAGGCUGGGCGUGCAUGGCGUCAUUGGAAAAUCUCUGGGGCUUCGGAACUACUAGUAUACCACAGUACGUCUCGUUUUCAUGGUUUGAGGGUUGAUAGGAGAGAGGUGUAUGAAAGGGAUAGCGCAUUUUCUCGGUUUUUUCUAUUUGCUGGGUUUGUCUUUGAGACUAUCUCAGGGGCGCAAGGGGGGUUUCUCUUACCCCAGUCAUACCAAUUUGGAGGCAGACACAGGUUAUGAGUAGGUCGGAAGGGUUACUCGUCGGUUAGGUUAACGUGCCUCGCUUAUAGCGUG